GUUAUCUUUGAGCAGGUUGGCAAGCCGAUGGUCAGGUCUUGCCUGGAUGGCUACCACGGCUGCAUUUUUGCGUACGGACAGACUGGAUCCGGGAAGACUUACACGAUUUACGGUGGGCGUGCUGGGUCUGAGAAGAUGAGAAGUGAAGAGAGGGGGUUGGUCUUUAGAGUAAUUGAAUAUUUGUUCGCGAAAAUAGCUCAGAGCAAGAAUGAAUAUUCGUGCAAAUGCAGUUAUCUUGAAAUUUACCAGGAGAAGAUCAAGGACUUGCUGGCAUCCGACCGCCAGGCGAAGAAUUUAUUUAUUCGAGAGGACCUGAAGCGAGAUGUCUACGUGGAACAUUUAAAGGAGGUCGCUAUUGAUUCUGAAGAAGACGUUGAAGAGUUGCUUUCUUAUGGCGCGCAGAGACGUCAUGUUGCUCGGACGGCAGCCAACGACCAGAGCUCGAGGUCCCACACAGUGUUUACGUUGUACGUGGAGGGCAAGAUACUGAAGGAGGGUGGGAUGAAGGUUCGGAGGUACGCUAGUCUUCACUUGGUGGAUUUGGCGGGGUCUGAGAGGCAGAAGAGCACUGAGGCAACGAGUUUGCGUCUAAAGGAGGCUAGCGUGAUCAACCAGUCUCUUACGACGCUGGGGAGAGUCAUUAGGUCGUUGGCGCAAGGAGGGAGCAAUUACGUUCAUUAUCGAGAUUCGAAGUUGACAUUUUUGCUCAAGAACUCAUUGGGGGGAAAUUCUAAGACGAGCAUUAUUGUGACGAUAGAUCCUCACAUGAGGAGUUACGAGGAGUCGUUGUCGACGCUGAAGUUUGCCCAGCGUGCCAAGUUCAUAAGGAACAGGGCGAGCAUUAACGAGAACGUGUUGAGAUCGGUGGGUCGACAACAGGAGGUGGUUAGGAAGUCGGCGAGGAGGGAGGUGCCGUCGUCGGUCGAGCACCGGUCUGGAGGUGCUGAGGGUGCGGUGGGGGAGGGGUUGAGGGAGGGGGUGGAGGCAAGUUCUUCUGAAGGGUGCCAGAUAGUGAAAUUAGAGGCGUCGUUGAGGGACAUGCGCCAGAGAGAGGAGAAGAUGAAGGCGGAGCAAAUAAGGUGUUAUGAGAAGAUUGAGGACAUGCAGUUAUUGUGUUUGAGGCAAAAGCUUUAUUUUAGGGUGUUGGAGUGCUGUCUCGAGCUUAGCGAGGAUAGGACGAGGCGAAUACUCGAAUAUGAGGGUGGUAGCGCUUACAAGGAGGAGUUGUACGGAGAAGAGUUGAGGAAUUUGGAGAAGCAGAUUGGGUACUUGAAGUACCAGUUGGAUCACCAUCCGCAGGUGACGAGGUUGGCGAUAGAGAAUAUGGAGCUGAGGGAGGUGUUGGACCAAUACGUUGAGGUGUGUUCGGAAGAGAGUCAGGAGUUGGGGAGGUUGAGGGAGUUGCAGGGAAGGUUGGCAUCGGAGGUGGAGAGGUUGAUAGGGGAGAAGCAUCGUUUGAUCGAGUGUUUGUGCAAGGGUGAGGAGGGGGGGUGUGGGGUGAGUGGGCUGGAGGAGUGGAAAAGAGGCGAGAGAAUGGCGUUAGAGAUGGAGUUGGAGGAGUACAAAUGCCGUGCAGGAGAGGAAUUGAGUGCGAUGAGGGACAGUAUGGCGAUGUUGGAGCGAGAUUGGGACGUAUCUAGGGACCAGCUAGGGAAGUUGGUUGAAAUGAUGAGACGCCAUGAGGUCGAGCACGAGAAGGAGAUGAAGGCGAUGAGGGCGAAGCACGAAGAGGAGGUGAGGGCACUGAAGACGAGGUGUGACGAGCAGACCGAGGACAUGGAGGCAAUUCGGAGGAGCGAGAAGAGCACGCUUGCGAUAGUGCUGACGAUGGAGCAGCAGAUAGACAGACUGAGUGAGGAGAAUAGCGGUUUAAAGGAUUACAUUGAGAAGUUGAAGGCGGAGUAUCAGAGCGAGAGGUUGAAAUGUGGAGCGGUGGGUGCAGCGGAGGUUGAGAGAUCUGAGGACGAGGACGAGUUGGCGAAGGUGGUGGGGAGAUGUGGGGAGGGGUCGUUGGCAGGUUUGACAGAUUUGACAGGUUCGUUGUUACAGGUGUUGGAGAAGACUUUAUUGAAGCAUCACCGGGUGAUUGUGGAACUGCAAUCUGAGGUAUGCCGAAUCAAGAAGGAGAAGGAGACGAUGCGCGCUGAGGUGGGGGGUAGGGAUCAGGGUGUCGACGAGGCGGUGAGCAAUUUCUCGAAGAAAUUUGUCAAUUUGGGAGAGGUGAAGAGUGACAUUGAACGGGUGACGGAUGAGGUGGCGACAUGCGAAAGCGAGUUGAGUGACGAACGGAUUGGGAUGUACACCGAUUUAUUGGAGCGCGUGGCGGUGGGUGAAUUGGGUGACGUCAGAGUUGCUGACACGACGGAGUCGAAUGCGGAUCGUCCGGUUACGCGUGGAAAGAAGAUGGCGCCGUUGUUGGAGGCCGUUCUUGAAAGGCUGGGGCAGAGAAAGCAGGUGACCGGCGGUUUGGAGUGUGAGGCGGAGGAGAUGAUGGGCGGGAGGACCGAGGUGCUCAAUCAGCUGACAAAGAGGAAAAGGCCUUGCGAGAAUACGGAGCACGUCAUUGACAGUUUGAGGACAGAUUUUGAGCCGUGGAAGUGUCAGGGUGAUGGGAACGAUGGGGACGACGCAAGUCAAGAUAGCGGCUCACAGAGGGGUUCUGAAGGGGAUUGCCCGGACAGCAGCGAUGAGAAAGGUUCGUGCGACGAUUUGGUUUUUGAGGAAGGAAAGAAUCAUUCUCGGGGACAGCCUGAUGGGAGUGUGAGCGUGGCUGGCGACGGACCUUUUUCAUGUACAAACGAGCGCAUGGACGCGGGAUAUAGCGAGGGAGGCGAGAGCAGUCAAAGAGGUGUUGGGUUUGCGAGGUGCAUGUCUGACAUUACCAAUCGACGAAAGAGGUCAUUUUCGCCGGGGGUCGAAAGUCAGAGCAAAAAGGGCUGCACGACAUGGAUGUAG